AUGAUUGCAAUACCUGACAUCGAAUUAGACGGUAUAAUAAAAUGGAACACCACAGCAAAACUAGAACUACUUAUAGAAAACACAGAAGGAAACAUCGAUCUCAACAGCAGCGUAUACCAAGUUAUAAAUGGAACAGAAGAUAUUCAAAAUAUAAAAGCAGCGUGUGGUAGAACCAAUGUGUCUAACAAAAAUAUCAGUGACUAUUGUGAAACAGAUACAAAUUACGAUAGCAUAGAAAUUAGUGUAGUUAUUGUACUGUUCUUAUUGAUAGUGGUGACGGUGAUAGGUAAUACUUUAAUAAUAUCAGCAGUAGUGACCACGAAAAGGUUGAGAACAGUGACCAAUUGUUUCGUGACUAGUUUGGCGGUAGCUGACUUGUUAGUUGGCAUAUUUGUGAUGCCACCAGCGAUUGCUGUACACAUUACUGGUAAAUGGGAACUCGGAUGGAUCCUCUGUGAUAUCUGGAUAAGCUUGGAUAUCUUACUGUGCACUGCUUCUAUCCUGUCUCUUUGCGCCAUCAGUGUUGACCGGUAUCUCGCAGUUACAAGACCACUGACCUACUCAAGAAGAAGGAGGUCAAAGAAACUAGCUCUGACCAUGAUCUUCUUUGUCUGGAUUGCUGCGGGAGCUAUAACAUGUCCGCCGAUGUUGGGAUGGUAUGAACCAGACCAUAAUCAAGGUGGAGUUUGUCGUUACAAUCAAAACGCUGGCUAUGUCGUCUUCUCCGCUAUGGGUUCCUUUUUUCUUCCAAUGGCAGUCAUGGUGUACGUAUACGCCAGAAUAUCUUGUGUGGUUGCAAGGAGACACCAACAACUCUCUAGCACCGCUACUAAGUGUAACAAGAAAGGAAAACUGUCUUGUAUUCGCACAGAAUCGGAUUCGGGAUCCGACAAGUUAUCACUCAGGCAGAGUGCUUCAAAACAAGCAUCGAAGAAUUCCACGCAACAGAGCGAGUGUUCCUCCCAAGUAGAUCACAAAUGUCCUUGCUGUUUCAAAGCGGAGAAAAAGAGACAUUCCAAAUUAUACAGAGGUAGUAAAGAGAAAGAAUCGAGAUUUUACAACGAAGUGACUUUCAAAGCUAAUUUUAAAUAUAAAAAUACAACACGCCAUCGCACACAUUCCAUGAAAGAUAACAUAGAGAAUAACAGAGUAUCUUCUUUGAGAAGAGAAACCAAAACCGCGCAGACCCUCAGUUUAGUGGUGGGUGGGUUCGUAGCUUGCUGGUUACCUUUCUUCCUAUAUUAUCUACUGACUCCUUUCAUUCCUUCUAGUUAUGUGAACCCUGUACUAAUGUAUAUAUUGACGUGGCUCGGCUGGUUCAACUCCGCUAUAAAUCCAUUCAUUUAUGCAUUUUAUUCACCAGACUUUAGAGUUGCAUUUUGGAGACUCACAAUAAAGAAAUGUAAAAGGACUAAGCGUUAACAAGUCUGUUUAUGGUACCGACUUUACGGCGUAAGCUCUUUGACAUAAUGCACUUGCAGAGGUUGAAAUAUAAUGGAGCUAUACACACGUUUAUGGGUCUCGCUUAAGAAACAUUGUUCAUGCUUAAUCCUUAUGUUUUUAACAUCAAGGUUUACCUUAAGACAAUAGGGCUGAUGACUAUACUUUUGUUUGUCAGGCAGAUAGUAAAAAAAUAUUAAGGCAUAUAUUUUUUUCGUAAUAAUUAAAUUACAGUGAUACGCUUUGGUACAUUUUCUACAAAACUGUGACGUAGCGAGCCCCCAUUCCUCAACUUUAAUGCUUGUUAUCUAAGGUAUUUCUUGUUAAAUCGAAGUGAAAAAAUACGUAUCUAAUAUUUUUCGAUUAUUUGACUGAAAGACUAAAUAGAAUUUCUUUUUUUUUAACCCAAUCGCCAUCCCAAUUGUUUUCCUGUCGCUUGGAUUUGAGUUAAUAUUUAUAUUUAUCAUAAAGAACGAUAUAGCAUUCUAA